AUGGCAGACUCAAAAGAAGAUCGGUUGGUUAAAAAGAGAUUGGCUGAACGACGUCGGAAAGCUCGCAUCAAGAGUGAUCCAGAGCUUUACGCAGUGCACAAGGAGAAAGAUAGGCAACGGUAUUUUAAAAGGAAGAAUGAAGGAAAGAUAAAGACUGUAAGUGAAUUAGAUUCUCGCCUACAACGAAUUUCUAGGGAGAGAAGUAGAAUGUCUUCCAACAAACACAAUUUGAAAAAAAGGCGCAAAGAGAUGAGGUGUCUUGAAGAGGAUUUAAUAAUUGUACCAGAAGCAACCGACGAAACUGACGAUCCUUUGGUUACUUCACGAUCACAACUAAAACGAUCAGGAUCACUUCAAACUGAAGCAAGGUCUCAUGUUGAUUUGCUACCAUCAAGUUCAUCGGUCGUUUCAUCGCCUUUUCAGCGUGUUAAGGCUUACCGAGACUUGGCAGCACCAUUGAGCCCGUGUAGUGACGUCAGUACAAUUUCAAGGCCAUGUACCAGAUCAUCAUUUCGUGUAAUUGAAAAGGAGUUUCCUCCAACUCCAAAGGCUAACAAGAAACUAAAUGCCAAAGUUAUUAUACGUAGACUUAAAUACCGCAUGAACAAAAUGUAUCAGUUACAGAAAAAGAAGAUUGAUGAAUUGAAGACUAUCAACGAACGACAACGAAAACAGUUAUAUAGAUUAAAACACCAAAGUGCUGCAUUAAGAAAAUAUGAACCGACAAGCAAAACCAAUACAGAAGAUAUGAAACAACAAAGUGAAUCAGACGCUAUAAAAACAAUUAAAAAUAAUGUAGAAGAGGACAUUAAAACUUUUCUUGAAGAAGAUGAAAACAGUCGUAUGUGUUCUGGAAAAAAAGAGUUCAUUACUAAGAAAAAGGAUAAAAAACAAAGACGCUACUUAAAUGAUUCUUUAAAAGACUUAUAUACUAAGUUUAAGCAAACAAAUCCCCAAAACAAAAUUAGUUACUCCAGUUUUUGCAAAAAACGACCGUUUUGGAUACUGAAACCUGCUGUAAAUAAACGAGAAACCUGUCUUUGUAUUGAACACGAAAAUAUGGACUUAAUGGUGAGUGCGUUAAAAAAAAACAACUUAAUUCAAGAAAAAUCUACCAAAGAUAUUUUAUCAUCUCUGUGCUGUGACUCUUCGAAUGUGUCAUGUUUAACAAGGAAAUGCAAUGACUGCAAAGAUAAAAGCUUAAUCUAUAAAGAAUUCAAUAACGCUGAAGUAUUAUUUUACUGGAUUUGGCAAAAAAGUAAAAAAACUUAUUCUAAGAAUGGAAUUACAAAAACCACCAUUCACACAGCGAAGGAUAAAAUGAAUGCUUUCCCUAGAGACAUCAUUUUAAAAUUUGAAAAAAUGUUACCUCCAUACAUGACUCACUGUGGAGUUAUGAUCGCACAGAACAGGUUCAUUAAAAAAAUGAAAAGCGAUCUCACUAAUGAAGAGUGCAUAAUUCACUGCGAUUUUAGUGAAAAUUACAGCACAAAGUACGGUAUUAUCACGAAAACUAUUAACGAUUCCGGUAUUUAUGAAAAAGAUUUGUUGAUUCCAUCCGAUCUCAAGCAAUUUGCAGGGACUAUGAAAGUUCAUCAGGCAGUGUGGAACGCCAAUGAGCCCAACCAACUAUCAAUGAGAAAAAUGAGUUGCGCCGAAGGUGAAUGUAAAAAUAAUUCAGUGUCGUGUGAACAUGGGUAUCAUGUAGGAUUAUACAUCAUAGGCGAGCAAACUAACCGACUGCUGACUGAUAGAACCAACAAAAACAAGAGUGACAAGAUGGAUCUGAUCAAAAAGUCAAGUCAAGCCCUAAAGUGUAGCGGAGUCGGUGCAGCAAAAUCUAAAAAACCUCAAAUUUUAUCUAAUAUUUUGAUUCAACCUGGAAGUAGCUAUCAUGUUGAUCUUGCUGAUGAAUGCUCCGAAACCAAGCAGCGCUUGUCGCCUACCUUAACAUCCGACAUUGGAUUGCAUGAAAGUGACAGCUUCUGGACGCGUGUGUCGACAGAUUGUGAAAAUAUUGCUCCGGCAGUAAUGAAUGAAGUAUUCUCCAAAAUUGUAGAUUCUAAAGAAAACAGUGACGAGGAAUAUAACAUUUUUUAA